AUGGAGAGUGAUGGGACACCAGAAGACCAAAUUGGAGAGGCUGUGUUGACUGACGUGGUGCGGGGGAAGGUGGAGGAGGUGACAGAACAGCAGCAUGCUGCCCCUGUGCUCCUCCCUGAUUCUCAGAGCCCGAGGAACACGCAGGACCAGAAACUGGUCCAUCAACUGGGACAAACAAUAAUGAUCAUCGGGGACAAACUGGAUCAGGACACAGAAUUUAAUGCCAUGAUUGAUGGAUUGGGGCGUGUGGCAGACAAAAAGAGUUUCACGAAGCUGGUGCAGGAAGUCUUCAGAGAUGAUCAGAUUAACUGGGGAAGGAUUGUUGUCCUGUUCUAUUCAGUGGGGAAACUAGCCGCCAUGAUGGCGCGGGAUAACUUCCCAAUGAUAGACGGUAUCAUCAGUUUAACCAUGGAUUUCUUCAGGAGAAAACUGUUGGACUGGAUACGCAAUGUGGGAGGAUGGAUAACAUGCAUCUCAGAAGUGACCCAGUUUUCACUGGAACGUUUCUCAAUGUCAUCCUUCAACUCCAUCUGCCGUUUUUCUGGCGUUAUUGGUAUUUUCAUCACUGGGGUCCUCGUUGGUGCCUUCAUUGUGUGGAGAUUGAACAAAAACAGCUGA